GAGGGAAUAUGCGCCUCCAGUUGCAGAGUCUACGAACGACAAGUCCCAUUUGGCUUUUGCUUCGAGCUUUUAUUUGGUCGAUCGCCGCCUCACGGAGCUGCGCACGGAGAGAGCGCAAGUGAGAGCGAGAGAAAGAGAGAGAUGGCAUCGGCGGCACUCGCCUCGUCGGCGUUCGCGGUGUCGGCGUCGCCGUUGAAGACGCGGGCCCGCAGGAAUUCGCCUCCGCUUGGCGCGCAAGAUCCUUUGAAUUUCAAGCCUCUCUCCUCGCGCGCGCUGGUUCCGAGAAAAUGCUGUCCUGUAAGAUCAGCACUUUUGCAAGACAAUGACGAGAAAGUAGUCAUUGAGGAGUCAUUUGAAUCAAAGAGCAUCUUUGAUAAGGAGAGGAAUAGAAGCAGUGAUGGUACAUCUGAGAGUUCUUCUGCCAGCGACCUAGAAAGAUGGAUUAUCAAGCUCGAGCAAUCUGUCAAUAUCUUUCUUACAGACACGGUGAUUAAGAUUCUGGAUACUUUGUACAGUGAUCGGCACUAUGCAAGGUUCUUUGUACUGGAAACCAUUGCAAGAGUUCCUUAUUUUGCUUUCAUGUCAGUUCUACAUAUGUAUGAGAGUUUUGGUUGGUGGAGGAGGGCUGACUAUUUGAAAGUCCAUUUUGCUGAAAGCUGGAAUGAAAUGCACCAUUUGCUUAUCAUGGAAGAAUUAGGGGGGAAUGCUUGGUGGUUUGACCGCUUUCUUGCCCAACACAUUGCCAUCUUUUACUACUUGAUGACAGUCUUCAUGUAUGCAUUAAGCCCAAGAAUGGCAUAUCACUUUUCUGAAUGUGUAGAGAGCCAUGCAUUUUCAACUUAUGACAAAUUUCUCAAGGCCCAAGGAGAGGAAUUGAAAAAGUUGCCUGCACCUGAGGUCGCCGUAAAAUACUACACUGGGGAUGACAUGUACCUGUUUGAUGAAUUUCAAACUUCCAGACCACCUCAGUCUCGGAGGCCAAAAAUAGAGAACUUGUACGACGUGUUCCUUAACAUCAGAGAUGAUGAAGCUGAACACUGUAAGACGAUGAAGGCAUGUCAGACGCAUGGGACGCUUCAGUCGCCUCAUUCAAACCCAGAGUAUGCUUUUGAAGAUGACUUGGGUUGCGUACUUCCUCAGGCAGACUGUGAGGGUAUUGUUGAUUGUAUAAAGAAAUCUGUUGAUCCUUCCCAAAACCAAGGCUAAAAAGGGGAGCGACAAGCUACAAUUUUAAGGUUUUGUAUAGUUAUUGUAUAAAGAGACGAUAUAGCAAAAUCAUUCCGGAUGUCAUAGCCGAGAAUAAUAAAUGUCUUUGUGACCCUUUUCCAUUA